AUGUCUUCCCGGCAGAUAAAUGUCGACACAGGUAUGUCGUGGGCAAACCGUUCAAGCGGCUACAGCCCUGAUCCGAAGGCUGAGGAAAGCACUGAUAUCACUGUAGAAAGCCUCGAGUUCAUGUGCCGAGAUAAGUCCGCGCCAAAAUUCGAAGCCGCCAAAACCAGAGACUGUAUGACCGACGACAAAGACGCGCCUAAAAUCAGGAUCGCUCCCCAGAAACACAGCAAAUGUAACAACCACAGCUGCAAGCACAGCCAGAAGUUCAAGGGCAUCCAGAUGUACUUCGAGAUCACCGAUGGGUCGCCCAAGAAACUGCUGCUCAAG